UAAGAGAACAUCUUGUAAGGAAGAGAGCUCACCGGCUCAGGGAUCGCGAUCAUGUCUCACCACUGGCGCAAUGUCACCGAGGAACACAGGCCUCCUGCACCAUCUCGAUGGUCACAAGGAAGAAAGAGAUGCUCAGACGGGAAACUGAGACGUUACGAUGAUACAGAUUCCACGGUAUUUGACAGUAAGCCUUCCGAGGAACCUGACAAGAGGCCUGACAGCUUUACAACCCCUGAAAGUCACAAACCAGUGCCAAGAUGCAAAGACUGGGGCAGUGCAGUGGAAGAAGAGGAGCAGCUGAGGGAAAAAGUUGACCAAGACAUAGAGCGAUACAGGAGGAAACUUCUGAUUCAUGAGUUUGGUGGAAGAGAGAGAAGAUCAUCGUCUGGAAGUUCUGAUUCAAAGGAUUCAUCUACACAUGGAGAGAUGGAAACUGACCCAGCUGUUAUAGCAAGAAGACAAAAGCAGAUAAAUUAUGGAAAAAACACUAUUGCAUAUGACAGAUACAUUAAGGCAGUGCCAAGACAUCUUCGAGAGCCUAAUGUGCAUCCUAGAACUCCCAGUAAGUUCAAAAAAUACAGUCGCAGAUCUUGGGACCAGCAAAUUAGGCUGUGGAGAAUUGCUCUACAUCAGUGGGACCCUCCUGCAGAAGAAGGCAGUGACUUGCAGCCUUUUAUGGAAGAAGAUAUGAUCUGCACAGAAACAAGCUCUCAAGAUAACCUAUUCACAGGAACGCCUACUAAGGUCCGGAAAGUUGAAGCAGAGGAUGCCUUUGAUCUGGAACCCUGCGUUAUUGAGGAGGAAUUACUUAGUUAACACACACACACUGCAUUACCAGAAGGAAGGGCUUGGGAUUUGUAUUUUACACAUACAGUAGAAGCAAAUUUCACUCCCAGGUCCACUUUUGUGCAGCUACAUGGAGUAAGAUUUCACGAAGUAACCGGACUGCCUUAACUAACGCAUAGUUUUUUGGUGCUGGUAAAAGGCUGCUACGUGGUGUUCUUCAAAGCACUUGAUAUUAUAGGAGCAGCUGAACUGUAUCUGCAGUAUGGUAAUUGCUUCACAGGUUUAAUAAAAUGUAAAUAAAAGGGUGGUUCACCUUCAUGUUAGCAUUUAGUAUAUUACAGAAUAGCCAAUUCUAAGCAACUUUUCAGUUGGUCUUUAUUAUUUUUUACAGUUUUGUAAUUAUUUGCUUUCUACUGACUCCAACUUUUAAAUGGGGGUCGUUGACCCCCAUCUAAAAAACAAAAUGUUCUGUAAGGCUACAAAUUUAUUGUUGCUGCUACUUUUUAUUACUCUUCUAUUCAUGUAUCUCCUAUUCAUAUUGCAAAAAAGAAUUUUAACUUUAUAUUAAUGCUUAUAAAAAAGAAAUUUAUUAUAUUCUAUUAAAAUACAUAGCCUUUACCCUCAUGGUGCCUAACGCGUUUCAUGCUUACCCAGCAAUUCAUAAUCAUAGGCAAUCUGGGUAAAGCUGAAAUGCGUUUUAUCAGCCUGAAUAUAGUUAAAAUUCUUUUUUAUGCAAUGUGUUACCUCAGUUUGGUCAUGAGAGCUGCUGUAUUCUAUAGACCUUUUACUCCAUAUAUUACUUCAUAAUACGGAUUCUGUAAUCCAUUUCUUUGAGUAUUUAAAAAAACUCUCCUAUUCAUAAAACAGUCACUUAUUCAAAUCAAUGCAUGGUUGCUAGGGUAAUUUGAACCCUAGCAACCAGGUCGCUGAAAUUGCAAAGCUGCCUAAUAAAAAGCAAAAUAACUA